AUGGGAGCAGGCCCCUGCUGCUGUGCGCUUGCUGCUGUGCGGCUCAGCGACAUCAAGAUCUCGACGUUGGACGCGAAGCUCACCGACGACCGUCGUCAAGAGAUGAGGGAGAAGUUCGAGACUCACCAGCAACCGCUGGGUUACGGUCGCCCCCGCAGCUUCGCGGGGAGGGAGCAGGCGGCGCAGGACAGGGCGAUGCGUGUGAUGUUGACAACGGGGAUCGAGAAGAAGAUCUCCAAGGAGGUGUUUGCCAACCAGACAGCAGCUACGAUCCCGAAGCUCCGAGAGCGGGUUCCAUGGAAGCGAUCCAUGCUGCAGCAACCGUUGUCAUAUGAGCCCCUUCCGUUCAGGGAGGAGGAGAGGGUCGAAGAUGUUUCCGCUCAAGCAGGUGAAGGUGUUGCGCAAGAGUAUUUCAGCGUUGAGAAAUUUUCCAUCUUGAUGUCGAUGAACAUGUCGAAGAUCCUCGAAGAAGAAGAUUUUGAGGAUUCGGUUCGAAAAAAUGCUUUCGACCAUGCUUUGAUCAAGAGCAAAGAGGAGGACUUUGAGGAGUACGACAUGGACGCUGAGCACAAACGCGUUCCCUGCUCUUGUGGAGCAGGAGAGAUGAGGUAUGCGAAGCCGUAUCGAAACAGCUCCGGAGAGUUUGAUGGGAGGUCCUACGUUGACGUAGACUCCUCCCGCCUGCAUACCAGCAGUUCCAACUUGUCUUCUUCCAACGACUACGACGAGUAUGGCGGACUCAACGACUGGGAGAGUGACAGCACAGAUUGGAACAGCUACGUGAACGAACUUCUUGACAACCAGGAGCUGUCGGUGGCGUGGCGGGACAUUCUACACGAUAAGCAGGAAGCCGUCAGCCGGGCGUUGCAGGAUCUGGCGAGGACGAAGGACAACGCUUUCAUGAUCAUCAGCGAGAAGGCAGAGGUAGCGCAGCACUUGGAGGAAGACUUCAAGAAGUACGUCUCGCAAGCUCGCACCGAGCUCAGGUCGCAGCUCGAGAACGCGCGAGUGAUGGCGAAGAGGAGGAGGAAGAAGGAGCUGGCUGUGAAACGGGAGCUGACAGAGGCAAAGAAGUUCGCGCAGAUACAGGCCAAGACCCUCCACCAUGACCGAUCGAGCGACAUGUCCGGGUCAGGGCUGCGAGACAGGGGCGAUUCUUACGACCAGGAGACCAAGAACGCUAUUCACAAGGCUCAGAUGCGGCUGUUCCUGCAGCAGCGGCGCUUGAAGUCUGCGAGGCUGGAGAUGAUCGAGUGUCUGCGGGAGCAGCAGAAGAUUCAGACGGAGAUGAAUCACCUGAGGAGCCUCGUGCACAGAGACAAGAAACUGGUCGAGUCCUCUGACUUGAGGAGUACAAGCGAGCGGGAGCAGCAGAGGCCCCAGUCGAGGUCGCAGACGCCUGCGUACUCGAAGCCCAGCACCCCGGGCCACCUUCCUUCGCCCUACAGCAGCACGAGGUCAGGGGCGCCCGACCGCGACGGGAUGUCGAGGAUCAAGAAGAAUGACUUGACGAAGGGCGGGAGGACGAGGGGAGAGAGGACGGACGUGCAUGAUCGCAGCUCGGAGUCUCUGUCGUUCGAUGACUCGGACGCAGUCGACGAUGGUGCCGACACGAACUCCCGUCACGACGAUGAGGCGGACAAGGUCCAGGAAAAGAAGGUCGACAAGCAGGAGCAGGAGCAGGUGCAGAGGACCAGCAUCGAGUACCUGUCAACGGAGUCCUGCGCGUAUCAUCCUGACUUGGGGUAUGUGGGCGAUGGACCCCCAACGACCGAUGCCGAAGCAGCAGAGUUUGCGAGGAAAGCGAGAGAUCCGGCUGCCUACUCGGAGGCGAGUAUGAAGCAUCGUAGGGCUUCACAGCACAAUAUCGAGCAAGCGUUGAAGCUCAUGGAGGACGAUGGUAAGACAGUACAAGGUCCUCCGACCUCGGAGCAAGAAAGCUCGUCUCAACCUGCUGGGGAAGAAUUGGCCAACAAUGCGGGAGACCAAGACAAGACGUCUAGCGACCCUCCCGCAAAGCUCGAGGCCCCGCAAGUCGGGCAGGAUCAGCCAACCAAGGUGGAGGAGUCAUACUUAAGACCAGUCCCCGAGAACGACGAGCACGCGCACGGGAGCGUCAACUGGAGCUACUGGGGAGAGAAGAGAACCCUUGCACAGCUUAUCUGCAGAGACAUCCGCCUGUCAGGCUUCCUGUCUCCUGCCUGCGUCAACGAUGAGAGGACGCUAGCCAAACAUCGCGGCAAGAAGAAGUACUUCGCCUCUUUGGCUCGUGCCGCUCUCUUCAUCGAGCGGAUAUCGCGCAUUGAUAAGAUGGUGAGAGAGGAGGAGGAAGAGGUGGUGGUGGAGGGAGGAGGAGGAGGGGGGGGGUUUGCGAAUGUCGGGAUGACGGUGUGCGGAACAGGAAUGAGGACGGAUGAGAGGAUCGACGCGGGCAAGGGGAACGAGGACAACAGCGAGAGCAGCGAAGGCUCCAAGUAA